GUCUGCAGCUGGAUAUAUCUCGAGCCAGGAGGCCAGUCACGUGGCGUCGCGCUCUGUAGUCGCCACGCCCCGCGUACGUGCGCGCUCACGCUCAACGCGUGGUUCUUUCACACCGCCGUAAGCAGCGAAGCCCAGCCCGAGUUUUUAAAGGUUCCCGGCGUUUCUUUUACAUGUUUUAAUUGAACUCAACCACUCUGCGUCUUAGACUGAAGCCCUUUGGUCUAGGGGUGGAGUGGCGGCAGCAGCAGAUCUUUUGGCAGCACAUUGCGGUGGAUUUGAGGUGUUUGUGAGGAGAAAUGGCCACUGAGGUGGAGACUCUCCUACCGAGCAACGCGCUGCUGGAGCAGGAGGAGCAGAAGGACGGAGGCUUCCCGGUGAAGGAGCAAAGCCUCAAACGCGCGAAAGAGGAGAGCAGCAGCCCGGAGUGUGAAGAAGACGCCUCUCGGAAGGAGUUCACAGAAGCUCCGCCGCCCAAGGUGAACCCGUGGACGAAGAAGAUGAGCGGGGUGAACGGACAAACACCGCACGAGCAUUCUGGGCCCACAAAGGUUGUGAAGGCAGGAAACGCGAGAAUGAGACGCGGCGGGAAGGUGGGGGAUUUUGGAGAUACGAACAACUGGCCGACACCUGGAGAGAUCGCGACGAAGGAAGUUCAGGUGGUGAAGAAGUCAGCGGUCAAACGAGAGACCAAAGGAAAGAGGGAAAACGAAGAAAGUAAAGAAAACCUGAACGCCAAAUCGGACGACUCUGGAGAAGAGAAAAACACUGACGAGGAGUCGCAGAGAAAUGGACAGAAAAAGCGAGGAAACAAGCACAAGUGGGUUCCUCUGAGGAUCGAGGUGAAGGCUGAGGGUCCUCGCGAGCGUUCGGCCUCCAGGAAUAACACGCGUCAGUUUGAUGCUCAUCGAGUUCCUCCGAACGGCCGCAACGACCUGAGAGACUGGCACAGUGGGAAGUACGAUCAGGAGUUCAAGGAUGACCAUGAUGAGGUGUCGAGCGUGAAGAGCGAGGGAGCGCCGUACAGAUACACUGCCAGGGGCCGCGGCCGGGGUCGGGGCCGGGGACGAGGACGCGGCAGAGGAGCCGGCAGAGGUCAUUAUGACUACUAUGGCUAUAAAGGCAGUGACGGGAAGGAUGGUGCUCACGGUCAGAAGUUCAACAGCACGGUGACCUACUAUUACGACAACAUGAGCAGUGCUGAGCUGUACGCUGUGGACCAGGACCUGCUGAAGGACUACAUCAAGAGACAGAUUGAAUACUACUUCAGCAUGGACAACCUGGAGAGGGAUUUCUUCCUGCGCAGGAAGAUGGAUCAGGAGGGCUUCCUGCCGAUCGCUCUGAUCGCGAGCUUCCACCGAGUGCAGGCGCUCACCACAGACUUCCGCCUCAUCAUAGAGGCCCUGAAGGACAGUAAGGUGGUGGAGAUCACCGAUAUGAAGAUUCGCUGCAAGGAGGAGCCUGAGAAAUGGCCGCUGCCCGGCCUCGCUUUGCUGGACCAUUCGCACACAGACUUCUCUCAGCUCAUCGACUGCCCAGAGUUUGUUCCCAGGAACGUUGUGGAGAAGCAGACAGGGUCUCCGAGGGCCUCCGCGCUGGUGCAGUCCAAGACUGAUGAGGUGAGUAACCUGAAGCUGAUGCCGAAGGGCCUGUCUGCCAGCCUGCCCGAUCUGGACUCGGAGUCAUGGAUCGAAGUGAAGAAGAGGCCUCGGCCGUCACCGGCGAGACCCAAGAAAGCGGAGGAGGCGUGGACGCUGGUUCAGACCGGGCCGAGCGCAGGCGAGGACCAGGACGAGCCGGAGGAGCUGGACUUCAUGUUCGACGAGGAGAUGGAGCAGAUAGACGGCCGACGCAACACUUUCACCGACUGGUCAGAUGAGGAUUCGGACUGUGAAAUCAACGAUCAAGACGUCAACAAGAUUCUGAUCGUCACGCAGACGCCGCCGUACCUGCGCAAGCAUCCCGGAGGAGACCGGACGGGGAACCACACCUCGCGCUCCAAACUGACCAGCGAACUGGGCAAAGUCAUUAACGACGGACUUUAUUACUACGAACAAGACCUCUGGGACGACACGUACGAGCCCGAGUAUGCCACUAUCAAGCAAGAAGUGGAGAACUUCAAGAAGGUGCACCUGAUCAGCCGAGAGCAGUUCGACUGUCUGACCCCUGAACCUCCCGUCGACCCCAAUCAGGAGGUUCCUCCCGGACCCCCGCGGCCCCAGCAGAUCCCCACAGAAGCCUUGGCCAACAAGCUGUUCGGAGCGCCUGAGCCGUCGGCUAUCGCCCGCUCUCUUCCUACUACAGUGCCUGACUCUCCCAGCUACCGCACGCCUCGCACGCCCCGCACGCCGCGGCUCAAGGACCCCACGCAGACGCCACGCUUCUACCCCGUGGUGAAGGAGGGACGGCCGCUGGAUGCUAAAACGCCUCUCAAGCGGAAGACGCGGCACAGCUCCAAUCCGCCCAUGGAGUGUCACGUGGGCUGGGUGAUGGACUCCAGAGAGCACCGCUCACGCACCGCCUCCGUCAGCUCGAAUGCGAGUCCGUCUGAAGGCACCGCAGCGAUGGGUAAUUACGGCUGCACUCCUCAGUCUCUCCCCAAGUUCCAGCAUCCGUCACACGAGUUACUGAAGGAGAACGGAUUCACGCAGCACGUUUAUCACAAGUACCGGCGGCGCUGCCUCAACGAGCGCAAGCGGCUCGGCAUCGGCCAGUCUCAGGAGAUGAACACGCUCUUCCGCUUCUGGUCCUUCUUCUUGAGAGAUCACUUCAACAGAAAGAUGUACGAGGAAUUCAGACAGCUGGUGGUGGAGGACGGGAAGGAAGGCUACAGGUACGGUCUGGAGUGUCUCUUCAGGUUUUACAGCUAUGGACUAGAGAGGAAGUUCAGACCGGACAUAUUUAAAGACUUUCAAGAGGAGACCAUUAAAGACUAUGAAGCAGGCCAGCUGUAUGGACUCGAGAAGUUUUGGGCCUUUCUGAAAUACUCUAAAACAAAGAACAUGGAGAUUGACCCCAAGCUGCAGGAGCAUUUAAGCAAGUUCAAGCGUCUGGAGGACUUCAGGGUGGAUCCACCCAUGGAGGACGGCGGGCGUAAGAGACACCCUUCCAGCGGCGAUGGCCGUCGCCGUCAUCCUUCCCAGCAGUCUAGCCGAACCCAGACACAGGGCGCUUCAGGCUCCGCCCCUUCUGCUGGAGCUCCUCCCACCAGAGAUGAUGCCAAACCCCCGAGCCAACGAGCAGCUGCGCAGGACGCCAAGCCGCCCAAAUGAGCGCCUGACCCGUCCAUCAGGGGUCAGACUGACCGCACAAGCAUGACACAACAGCUCACGAUCGUCAAAUCAAGGCUCUUCCACCUCCUCCUCCUUGUUCACAGCAUCUGUGCGUCACAAACGGACAGCAGAGGGCAUGAGAAAUUCUUCCAUUCUUUGUUUUAUUAAAGACUUUGAAGUUUUAUUCCUCUUGUAUCUCUGGGGUACAAAAAGGCUUUUGUUGAAUCUUUCUGCUUUAUAUCCUCACUGUUUUAUUUGGCUGAACGACGCCUGAUCUUGUUCUUUUUUCUUGUAGAGCGUAAGGAUUGUGUUGCUCUUGACUAGAGUAGGUACUCAGAAAAUCAUGCGGAUGCUAUAGAUCUGCAGUUGUUUGAGCGAGAUGAUUGUAUGUUACCCGGGGUUGCACCGUAAGCUUGGGCUUCACUGUGAUGCUUGCCAGAUCCUCUCGUAUUCUUCUGCGCGUCACAGUCUGUUACAGAAGACUCUUUUAGCUUCAGCCACCUGCGGUCAGUUCACAGACCAGUCAAUCCUCAGCUCAUCGGGAAACAUCGGAGACACCCGGCGCCGCUAACCUGUCCCUCGUUCACCGGCAGAUUUCCCAGAUCUAGUGCGAGUGUGUCCCGGCCGAAUGGGAAUCAUUACCAGAGUGUUAAUCCUAGUGUACAUAUGAAUUCAAGAAAUGAAGAGACAUUACACCACCUGGCUGUACGUGUCAUUUAUUGUUCAUAGAGAUAUAUUUGCCUUACGUGUGCAUCUUUUUUUAUGCCCAUCCGAGUUUCUGCGCUAUUAUUUCGGGGAUGUUUUAGUAUCACCUCUUGAUUUUCUUCAUGCAAAAACAGCAGCACGGUCUGACUAAAGGGAAACUGACCUCAGGGUAUCAACUGGAAUCAUGUGAAGAAACACCUUCUGAGGAUUAAUAAGUGAUGCAUCUGAAAACUUUGCUGACUGCAUUUGGAUCAUAAGCAAUAUUCCAGUCGCUGACCUAAUUUAAGGAGUUGGUUUGCUCAGAUGUUUUGGUUUCAAUCCAUCUCUCUCUGGUAAUAUUCGGAUUUAAAUUUUAUUUCGACACAUUUAGCAGUUCCCUUCUCCUGCUUUCCCUCAGGAGGCUUCUUCAUUCAGAGUAGCUGUGGUCAAAUCCUGAUGAGGAAAAUCUUGUGAUCGCUGAUGUAAUUAAAAACCUUUUAUUCAACUAAACGCUGUGGAAAAGCCUCUCGUCCGUAUGAAUUCAUGCUGGUGCGUCUUCAGAGGUCGGGGAGCAGACAAAAUCAUUCAUCAAGCCAUAGAAAUAACUGUCUGCGUUUAUUGAAACAAUACUUUAUUACCCUGACGCACAUAUAUAUUCGGCUUAUUGAGAGAAGAACAAUGCGAUUUGUAAAAUACUUGAAAUCUUGUAUCAUAACACUUGAUCUGAAUUAUAGGCAGAUGUGAUUGCUUUUAGUGUGAUUUGUAAUUUGUAGUAUUUUCUCUUUAAUAAUGGAAAAAAAAAAA